AUGGUGAACAGUGGAGGGAUGGACACUACUGAUCUAACCAUAUGGUGGGAGGAAGAUGGAGAGAAACUUGACUUCUCCAUGGAAGUUAGCAACAUUACCUCAGUCACCGCAUUUGUUCUCCUGGGGCUAUCCAACAACCCUCAGAUCCAGGAACUACUCUUUGGACUAUUCCUGGUAAUUUACAUCUUGACCCUCACGGGGAACCUGAUGUUGCUACUGGUGAUAAGCACUGAUUCCCACCUCCACACCCCCAUGUAUUUCUUCCUGAGUCACCUUUCCUUCCUUGAUGCUUUAUAUUCCUCAAGCAUUGUGCCUAAGCUACUGGAGAACCUUCUUUCUAAGUGGAAGACUAUAUCCCUCAUUGAGUGUUUCACCCAGAUCUCCUUGGUUAUAUUUUCUGGGGCCACUGAAGCUUGCCUCCUUUCAGUCAUGGCCUAUGACCGAUUCCAGGCUGUGUGCCACCCACUGUUGUAUGUUGUGGCUAUGAACAGGAAGGUAUGCACUGGCCUAGUGGGAGCAUGCUGGGCCAUAGGAAUGGGGACCAGCCUGAUUAAUGCUCUCCUCUUGGCUCAGCAGUACUUCUGUGGCCCCAACCUCAUUCACAGUUUUGCCUGCGAGUUUCCCCCUAUGCUCCUGUUGACCUGUUCUGACCCUUAUUCCAGCAUUGUCUGUAUCUUGACCACCAUGGUGGUCCUGGGCCUGGGCACCCUUCUCCUACUGCUGGGUUCCUAUGGCCGUAUCAUUAUGACAGCUCUAGGAAUCAAUUCUGCCAAGGGUCGGAGCAAGAUCUUCUCCACCUGCUCUUCUCAUUUCCUUGUGAUCACCAUCUUUUAUGGUUCAGGAUUUUUCAGGUACAUGACUCCAGCAUCUGGCUCAGUCCUGGAGCAAGUGCUUUCCGUGCAAUACAGUGUGGUGACCCCGCUGCUAAACCCCCUCAUCUACAGUCUGAAGAACCAAGAGGUGAAGGCAGCUCUGAGGAGGAUGUUGGCCAGGAAAUCCAGACUUGCUUUCUAG